AUGAUGCAAGUCCCCAUGGGAAUGCUUGGGGACAAAGGCGGCAUUAGGCUUGCCUUCAUGCUGAAUGCCACCAGUAAUGUCUUAUACUGGGGAUUCAUAGUAAUAGUAGGAUCGCAGCAGAGUUUUCCACUCUGGGGAUUCUAUCUCUCGCCAGCAUUCAUACUCUUCGGAGGAGGGCCAUGGGUAACUGGCACACUUGUUUUCGCUGCCGUUAGCGAUAGUGUCAAGCCGGAACAAAGAACAGCGGCCUUCUCGAUUAUGGAAGCGAUAUCAGGGAUCGCGGACCUUCUAGGGCCAAUUAUUGGCACAAUGACGAUGACCAUUCACCUCGGGAUUCCGUUUGCUAUCGCACUCGUGGUCUUCUGUUUGAUGUUUCUUCCAGCGAGCCAUCUCCGUGAAACUACAGUGAGCGACAUGGAGGGCGUUGGGUCGUCACCAGUUGAGACCGAGUCACUUCUUAGUGUCGAUAGCGCUUCAGAUUGCGAGGACACCGACCUAGAGCACACUGCUAGAGACCUACUCCCUCCACGAGCCGUCAUAUUCAGUAUAUGUUUUAUCUGCUUCUUCUUCUUCCAGGUAGCAAGGGACUCCACGAACUAUCUAAUCCCUUGGGUAUCUCUACGAUUUGGAGAGACCAUGGCCCGGGCCGGGCUUCUGUUCUCACUACGCGCAAUCAUGUCAUCUCUUCUAUACUUCGUUAUCUUGCCGCUUGCAACCUCGUGGUUAGACCGGAGUCGGCCAAGUGCAAACAGAGAUCUUACGCUUUCUGCAUCUGGUGCUUUUUGCUGUACAUUGGGCACCCUUGUUGUCGCAGCCGCACCAAACCUUGCGACAGUUGCUUUUGGAUUUGCACUAUCGGUUCUGGGAUCAAGCAUGACCGUCACAUUGCGAUCAUUCCUUGCUUCUAAUGUGCAGAAUGCCUUUUCGGGGCGAUUGUUCGCGGUUGUCUCUAUGACCGGGACUAUUGGUAGCCUCAUUGGCAUGCCCAUCAUGGGAGCUGCCUAUUCUUUGGGCAUCAACUACGAUAUUGGGCUUCCAUUCUUGGUUUCAGCACUGUCGUAUUUUCUCGUACUUGGACUCCUUGUAUGGCUUGCAUCAAAGAUCUGA